CUUCACUUCCAUCUUCUCGCAUAUAAUCAACACACGACGCUUACAAAUCGACCGACAGGGUGACCAGAAUCGCCCAGGAAGCACACCAGGCCCGUUUAGCACGCGCCAUCGCAUCGCCCAGCAACAAAGAUAUGACCCCAGGAUUCGAGAGCGUCUAAACACUCGCAUCUGGGCCUAAAGUGGAGGUCGUCCACAUGGGCAUCGACACAUCACACCAACCUGGCCGCGAGCCCGAGGCCUCGGGCUCGUCAGGAGGUGCGCGCAGAGCAUCGCGGAGCUCGAAUGCUGCUGCACCUGCGCCGGCCCCGGCGCGCGCACUGCGCACCAGGACCUCGCUCCCUGCCGCCCCAGCAGCGCCGACGCGUCCAGGCAGCGCGCGCGUCAUCUCAAACGAGGAGCGCGAGCAUGCCCUACAUAAGCUCAGUGCGGAGGGAACGCUCGCGAAGCGCGAUGAGAUGGUGCGCGACCACGAGGCUCAGGUCCGCGCCAUUGUCGAGGAGCACGACAUGGCGGUAAAGGAGAAGUUCCAUCUCGAGAGAUAUACCAGCAUUCUCGAGGGCUGGGACCCUGUCGACGCCAAGAAUGAAAACACGCCAGUGUUUCUGGAGUACAAGAAUCUCCAUCACGACCUGCUGAGCCUGGUCCCGUCGACUGUUCCUCCCCCAGCCGUGGGGUCGUCGAGAUCGAGAGCGCUCGGCCCGUCAAGAACGACAAGACGACAGCUUCAUAGCAAGGCUGAGGCUUUAGGAAACGUCACGGCCAUCGGCGAGCCCAAGACACCCGCAGGGAAGGGCAAAGGCAAGGAGGUGGAGGAGCCGCCUGCCGCGUCUGGCUCGAGACGAAAGUCUCAGGCUGCGAGCGACGCCGAGAUGGCCCCGCCACCACCACCGCCGGCAAAGGGAAAGAAGGGCGCGCGACGUGUUACUGCGUCUGAAACCGAGCUCAGGGAGACGGACGACGACGAGAUCGAGGCUGUCGAUCACGGGAAGAAGAGGCGAGGGCGGCAAUCCCUUCCUGCUCUCCCUUCCAAGAAGUCUCGCCUCUUGAAGGAGGACAGCGAAAGCGCGUCGUCUCCUGGCCCAGCAACAAGUGAAGCUGGUCCUUCGACACCAGUACCAGUACGAACGCCAUCUCCCAGCCCAGCACCACCGCUUCCCUCCCUUGCCCACCUUCCCUUUCCUCCGCCACCAAAACGGACCUACCCUCGUCGCACAGGUUCAAGCCACGUCACGUUCACCGAUCCAGGUCAGCGUUUGUUGGCGAAACCAAAAUUCGAAGGCAAUGUCAACGCACUCUUGGAGUCCUACAUCCACAUUGAGGACUCUGGUCACCAACCUGAUCUCACGGAGCUGGAAACACGCGCAGCACGCGAAGGAUACUUCCGUAACCGCGUCAAUUGGCUCCAACACCAGGGACGCCUGCUACGUCUUCUGGACGAGGAUGAUGAGGGGCCGACUGAGAAGGUCAGAGAUAAGAGCCACCAGAAGAAGGCCCCGACUGGUCCGCCACCACGGCAAACAGACUACCAGGACGCGUUGUUGAACCACAUGGUUCAAGUCCGCAAUGCCAUUGUAUCCGAGGCCAAGCUCAAACCCAUCGUCUGCAAGAAGAUUGCCAGGAUGAUCCAACUGCACUGGGAGUUCAUCGAGGGCAAGGAGGACCGCGAGCGCGCUGCCGAAGAAAAGGAACGCAAGCGCAGGGCCAAGGAAGUCGUUAAGAGUCUGCGCAAGCGCUGGGGCCUGGCUACAAAAAUCGUGCGAGCCAAGGUUGUGGCGGCGCAAAAGCUUGAACAGGAUCGUCUCGGUAAAGAGCAUCUCCAAAAUAUGCUCCAGCGGAGUACGGGCCUGCUCGAGGGCCAGCGCGACGUCAUCGUGGGCCGAGAGGGUACCCACGACGAGGAGGACCAGGAGGAGGAUGUCGGUUCAGAUGGCACGGAGGAGGUGUCGGCGGCCGAGGACAGCGAGGAGGAGGGCGGUGAGGAGGACGCCGGAGAGGAGGAGGGCGGCGAGGUGGAGGGCGGUGAGGAGGAGGGCGGUCAGGAGGUGGGCGGUGAGGAGGGAGAGACCGCCGAGGUUGAACCCACUCCCGAGGCCGAAGCCGAUGUCGCUGUCGAGGCAGAAGCAGAGGCCGAAGAGGAGGAGAGUGGACAGGAGGACGCAGACGACGAAGAGGAUGAAGAGGAGGAGGAUGAAGACGACGAAGAGCGACCAGACCUUCGCAUUCUCCUCGGCGACGAUAUCGACAUGGGUGAGGACGACGCCGAGCCGGUCAACGACGCGCCCGUCCAGGCUGAGCCUGUCACCGAAUCUUCGGACGCGAAAGCCGAAUCGGACAUCCCUACCGCCGAAACUGCUCCCUCAUCGGCACCAGAAGCCACUCCAGCGGGGCCAGCAUCAGCUCCUGAACCUGAGGUGGUUGAGACUGUGGCAGAGCCAGCUUCUGCCCAGCCACCGCCCCAGGCCGCUGAGCAGCCGGCUGACCCAGCUCCGGCCCCAGCUCCUGAACCAACAGUCCCGGUCGCCCCUGCCUCCCAAGCCCUCGACUUGCAUGACCCCGAUGCUGUCGGCUUCCUCGACUCGAUGGAGAUUGACAACGACGAGAUCGACGCUGCCUUCGACGCAGUCACGCCGAUGACGUCCGUCACUGCUGCCGUGACGCCGGUGGCGACACUCACUCCAGCCGCCACCACACCUGCUGUCACGCCCCCGAGGACAGUGAUUGCACCCCUGACUACUGCUCGGGACAGUAACGCAAUGGAGAUUGACGGUGCCGAGAUCGAUGCGGCAUUUGAUGCCCCCAGUGAUGCUCUGCCUGUGAACACUGCUUCCGCGGCGCCUGCCGGACCAGAGGCCCCCGAGGCCAAUGGGACUUCUGAGCCACCGGCGCCCCUCAUCAACGGAAUCUCCCCCGCCGCAGAUGAGGCCGAGGACCUUCCUCCCCCGCGGGCCCCCUCACGACGUCUGGCGAAGAAGGCUCGGUCUCUGGCCGCCCUUGCCGACACUCCAGACCCGGACGCCAACGACGCCGAGUUCAAAGGGCCGGGCAGCGACCUCGAUGAUCAGGACGUGCAGCUGGAUGUCGAGAUGGAGGACGCCGAGGCUGUCGACGGCGCCGACAGCGAGGACGAGGGUCUGCUGGCAGAUGCCAACAUGCCUAUUGAGGAGCUAUUGAAGCGCUAUGGUGUCCCCGACCCCUCGAAACCCGCCGGCGCAGAGGCCUCCCAGGAGCCCAAGAACGAUCAGUCGCUCACCGACUCUGCUCUGGAGAGUCGGGCCAAUGACGCGCCACUGAUCGUUGAGGGCAAGCGUCAACGACGAGUUCGCACCGUUUGGACACCCGAACGUGAUGCUCCGCAAAUGCUUUCCAAGUCACCCAAGCGCGGCAAGGUGGAAGAGGUGGAGGAAGACGAGGAGGUGGAGAUGUCGCCUACCCCCGAGCUCUCCAGCGAGGAAGAGGACGAAGAGGAGUCGGGAGAGGAGGACGAGGUCGCAUCGCUCGCAGGAGAAACAGACGCUCCUCGCAUUCGGCCGCCUUUCCUUCUUCGCGGCACCCUUCGUCCCUACCAGCAAGCCGGUCUCGAAUGGCUCGCCAGUCUCUACGCCAACAACAUGAACGGCAUUCUCGCGGACGAGAUGGGUCUUGGUAAAACAAUUCAAACCAUUGCCCUGCUCGGCCACCUGGCAUGCGACUUGGGCGUCUGGGGCCAGCACCUCAUCAUUGUCCCCACCUCGGUUAUUCUCAACUGGGAGAUGGAGUUCAAGAAGUUCUUCCCCGGCAUGAAGGUUCUCACCUACUACGGCAACCAGAAGGAGCGCAAGGAGAAGCGCGUUGGCUGGCACACGGAGAACGCUUGGCAGGUGUGCAUUACAUCCUACCAGAUUGUGCUUGCCGACCAGCACAUCUUCCGUCGUAAGAACUGGGUCUACAUGAUUCUAGACGAGGCGCACAACAUCAAGAACUUCCGCAGUCAGCGUUGGCAGACCUUGCUGGGCUUCAAGACUCAGCGCCGUUUGCUCCUGACGGGUACGCCGCUUCAGAACAACCUGAUGGAGCUGUGGAGUUUGCUCUACUUCCUCAUGCCGAACGGUAUCACCGCCGACGCGACGGCUGUCGUUGGGUUCGCCAACCACAAAGAGUUUACAGAGUGGUUCUCAAACCCCAUGGACAAGGCUGUGGAAUCUGGCGAGACGCUGGACGAGGAAACCAUCCAGACGGUCAACAAGCUGCAUACUCUCCUCCGCCCGUUCAUCCUGCGUCGACUCAAGUCGGAAGUCGAGACCCAGCUACCGGGCAAGUUUGAGCACGUCGUCUAUUGCCGCCUUUCAAAGCGUCAACGUUUCCUGUACGACGAAUUCAUGUCCAGGGCGUCCACACGCGAGGCGCUCACGUCUGGAGGCUACCUCGGCGUGGUCAACAUCCUCAUGCAGCUCCGAAAGGUCUGCAACCACCCGGAUCUCUUCGAGGUACGACCUGUGCGCACAAGCUUUGCGAUGGAGCGCAGCGUGGUCAGCGACUUUGAGCCUACGGACCUUCUCGUUCGUAAGCGGCUCCUCGCGGCCCAGGACGAUAGCCUCGACUUUGACGCCAUGAACCUCACGAUUACCAAGCACGAGAACGAGUCGGGCUGGGUGGCAGGUAUGCGUGCGCGACUCGACGCCAGCAACAAGCUGCCGCAUGCUAUCGAGCCUGUGUCUGUCAAGCGGGCCAAGGCACCCAAGCCUGACACGCGAACCCCCGAAGGCUGGGCCAAGUGGACCGCGCACGUCCAAGAGCAAGCCUCCAUUGCUCGCUGGCAAGGCCUGCGAGACGUUAACAGACUGCGCUGCCAGUCUGGACCGAUUUACGGUUCGACGACGUUGGCAAUGCUGUCGGGUCUUCCCCGGUACCUGCUCCCAGAGUCGAUGGAUCUGCGCCGCCGAAUUGACAUGCUGGGCGAGCAUACGCCUCCAGCAGCGCCGCUGAUCACGUCCCUCGUGGACCGCGUCCACCAGAUGACGCCAGUGAUCGACCGUUUCGCGGUCAUUCCUCCCAACGUCGUCGCGCGCGAUCUGCCCCAGUACGCCCUGCCCGCUGUCGACCCAGCUGCGUACCCGACGCUCCAGGAUCCGGACUUUGACUCGCUUCACGGCCCGACAGUCCGCCUCCAGAUCGCCUUUCCCGACGUGAGCCUUCUCCAGUACGACUGCGGCAAGCUCCAAAAGCUCGCUGAGAUGCUACGCGACCUCAAGGCUGGCAGCCACCGCGUGCUCAUCUUCACGCAAAUGACCAAGGUGCUGGAUAUUCUGGAAAUCUUCCUCAGCUACAGUGGCCACCGUUACUUGCGCCUCGACGGCAGCACCAAGAUCGAGGACCGACAGGUCAUCACGGAGCGGUUCAACUCGGACCCCCGCAUCUUCUGCUUCAUCGCGUCGAGUCGAUCGGGUGGAGUGGGCAUCAACCUUACCGGUGCCGACACUGUCUUCUUCUACGACUCGGACUGGAACCCUUCGAUGGACCGACAGUGCAUGGAUCGUGCACACCGUAUCGGACAGACGCGUGAGGUGCACAUCUACCGCUUCGUGUCGUCGCACACGGUCGAGGAGAAUAUGCUCAAGAAGGCCAACCAGAAGCGUCUUCUCGACCGAGUCGUCAUCCAAGACGGUGAUUUCACCACCGAGUUCUUUGGCCGUAUGGACUGGCGCGACAUGCUCGACGAGGACAUGAAGGCUGCCGCCGCUGAAUCUCGAGACGACGACCGCAUCGAGGACAUUGAUGUUGAGCAAGGUCCCGAGGCCGAGGAUGCCGAGGCUGCCGCCCCGCGCCUGGGCCAGGAGCGUGACUUUGCUGCGGCGCUCGCAGAGGUCGAAGACGAGGAGGACGUUGCUGCGGCCAAAAUGGCGCAGGGUGAGGGCGAGAUGGACUUUGCCGAGUUUGGGGGCGACGACACCACGAAGAAGGGCGGUGCUGCCGCGGCUCCUGCCGCGCCUGCUGCCGUCAGCCGCCUUGGUACGGAAGGGAAGACGGAGGGCAGCGGCACGGGCGUGUCGACGCCGCUGCCGGAGGACGACGACGAGUACUACGACGAUGACGAACCCGGCGCCAUCGACGAGUACAUGCUGCGCUAUGUCGAGUGGGAGUGGGACUACUUUUCGUCGUUGUAG